CCCAGUAGAAUUCAAGUCUCACCAGUACGCAGUCAACAAGGUACUUGUAAAUCACGUGAUCAGAUCCAUAACAACCGAUGGGGACACAGCUUGCAAGAUAACAUGUCACCUGAACCCCGAUUGCAUUUCGUACAAUAUUGGACCGACCUCAUUAGGGCUGUACMURUGUCAACUGAACAACGCUGAUCAUCGUCAGUAUCCRUUGGAUUUCAAAAACAGGGCUGGACAUAGCUAUAGGAAGAUUAAGAGCGAAUCUUGUGACAGCAACCCUUGCUUUGGUAAUGCAACAUGCCAGGAGAAGAACCAAGGUGAAAGCUUCACAUGUCUGUGCCCAAGGAAUUAUACUGGCCAGAAGUGCGAGAUACUUUUGAAUGCUGACUGUCGAGAGAUGCUUUUUUCAUCACACGAAGAAACCAAUAAAAGUCUCAUAAAUCACGUGGUAGCAAACAUGACGGUGGAGAGUGCUUCCCUUUGUAGAAUUCAGUGCUAUYGUAACCACGACUGCAUCUCAUACAACAUUGGUCYUUCACAUACACAAGGCAUGAUUCUGUGUCAGCUGAACAGCGCAGAUCGACAUCAAUACCCGCUGGAUUUCAUCGAGAAGGAGGAGUAUACUUAUAUAGAGGCGAAGAAUUUCUGCAAGAACGAUUCUUGUAUMCAGAAUGCAACUUGCCAGAGCGGCUUUGGUCCAGAACGAUUCCGAUGCCUCUGCCCAAAAGGUUUUACAGGAUCACAUUGCAAUACAGAAAUAAUCCAAAAAGUCCAAGCCAACACUUCUCCAGUUUGCUUUGGAACAAAGAAUGAUUCAUUUGGGCUUUUCAAGUCCCCUAUCAAAGGUUCAGUCAAGUCCAUCCAAAUGGUUCACAUUUCAGGAGGAGUUGCUUGGGAUGGUGGACCUGAUUAUGAAGAGAACUGGGGGGAUUCUUUUAGCGAACUAUUCGAAGUCCAUAUCACAAACGAGAAGAACGAGAGGAUUGCCCCACCGGUUGGCUACUUCAUGAAUGAUACUGAGAGCUUGCGGUACAGCAUUCCCGGCGAGAGUUACAAUGCAACAAAUUUUACCUUUCCCGAAUUUUCUCCAAGGCUGACUGUUUAUAAAGACCAAGUCUUUAGGGUUUGGUACGGAGAAGACCUUGUUAACUACGACGAAGAAAAUAACACGGGAAAAACAUGUGCAAAUGUUUACAUGGAGUAUCGACAAUCUUAAACAUUCACACGAAGCACUUUCCUAAAUAGAAACUGUAUGCUACCGUCAMUGGUCACCUUUCGGAAAAGGUAGUGGAGAUACUCCCUCCGAUUUUUCUGACCUCCUCGUCCCUCUUCCGCAAAGGUUCGACAAUUGGUUCAGGUCUAAGGGGAGUGUCAACUAGCAACUCGUGCUCAUGCCUUGAAAUUGACCUAACUUCUGCAAGACAUAAAUUUAGGGUCAGAUUGGAUGCAAUCAAGUCUAAUUGAAAAAAAAAAAAAAAAAAACAUGACAGAUUUGUGGAUUGUCCUCAGCACAAACUUGGGAGACGACAAACUGACACUUGACAUCCUAUUUACAUAUAUCAUGUCACUUGGAUGAGAUCAGUUUGUGGUGGAAAUCUCACCUACUUGGCGGUAACCUCAGCUUUUCUCCAUUAGACUGGCUAGGGAGAGGAGCCAUAGGCAAGACGGAACAAUGGAGGUUACGAAAUAUUUGGUUUACYACAGAUUUGCUCCAGAAAAGAGCAUCCAUUAUGCAGAUCAAUUAUAAUAGCCUGUAGUGCUUCAACUUCAUCAUGUGCCGAUGUGGAUCAAAAUAUAUACAAAAGAACAACGACAACAACAACAAAAAACAUGCAAUUAUUGUCACAAUGCAAAACAAUGAAAUACACAUGCCUUUACUUCAUAUCAUAAUACACAUAUUUAUUUUCAUAACAUGUUAGGUUCUCUAUAUCGGCAAAUAUCCCUUGAAAGAAAUAGUAUAAUUUACUACAGAUAUUGCCCACUUUAGUGCAGUUUAUUUCGUAUUGUCUAAGAUUUAUGUACAAACACUAUUGAUAUGAUUUUCCGAUUUUUGGCUCUGUGCGAGCCAUAACAUUCUGGGAUAUAUUAGUUCAAUAUAUAUGAGCAUGCGUUUUAAAUACAAGGUACUUAAUAGGAGACGGACGAUCUAUAAAGCAGUUAAAAGUUCCGUAAAGAAACAGAACGUAAGCUUUUCAAUUCAUAAUUAUUCUACUUACUUUUCUGCUYCAGUUGACCUUGAUCAAUUUCUACGCCCUCUCUCUUAAGUCCCAAUACCCCUUCAGCCGACUUCACAAAAGAAACUAAAGCAAUUCCGUAGGGCGACGGGCUGUGGACUCUCGGACACACCCAACAGCCCGAAAAUGGCCGUAAUGAAUUGAUAAGACCAAGAAAAUCAAAUUCUUGGCACAAGAUGUUCACAUAMGUUUUGCAAUGGAUCAUGGAAGACCAUUUGGAUCUCAAAUAACGGUUCAUCUGGGGUCCCUUUUAGUAUCUGAUUAUAGAAGCCAUCCUCCUAACCAGAAUGUAGCCUACGGAACUGUGAAGAAUGUCUGCUUACAUAUCUCGAUAAAUAACUUUGAUGUCCAUGCAUGUUUCACCAACAUUAUCCAUUUCAUUUUGCCCACCGAUCAAAUCCUCCCCAAACCAGAUCCGAAAUUUGGUGCCACCAUUAUAGGCAUACCUUGGAGUUGAUGUGUCUGGCAAUCGUAUUUCUGCAUCAUUGUUAUACUGGUUAUCGAUUUUAUAUGCAGUCAUCUUCCUAACCCAUUUUUUGUAAUCAUUAGGAGGUGCAACCCUAGUUCCAUUAACAAGUGUCACAAAAAUCUGGAAUAUAUCUCUUUUACCAAGAUUUGUUCCCCAGUUGUCCUUCGUCGAGUUUGAAUUUAAAUUGCUAACUCCACCAGAUUUAUAAAUGAGCUUGAAGGUUACAAUAACGCCUGUUUGAGGAAUUUGGAAUUCUCCAAAUUGAUCAUCUUUUGUUCCAACACAAAUAUUUCUAUCGUUGACUAGCACCUCUUUUGUUAAUUCUGAAAGCCAACAUAAAAAAAAAUCAAGAAAGGAUUAAGCAUUGCACUCGCUGGAAAAAAGUCUGAAUUCCUCGUGUAAUCCACUUCUAACAAUAAACAAAGGAACUUCUA